AUGGUACAAGAAAUCAGUACCAACUCUUCAUCGCAUUCAGCUUUCAUUACGUACGAAAACUAUGUUAAAAAUAUUUUUGCAGUUCUAAACCGAAACAAUUUAACAACUCCAAUACAUACGUUGGACGAAAUUAUUGCCGUUGCACCAAGAUCAAUGAGUUUUGUUGCUAAUAUGGAACUUUUCAAAACUUUCGAUGAAAAGUUAACUCAGUUAAGAGAAGCGGGAAUCAUGGAUCACAUAAAAAAACCUUACUAUGAACUCUACAAAGAAAAGCCAAAUAAUGAUCCUAAAGUAUUGACGAUGGACGAUUUAUCAGCAGGUUUUGUAGUAUUUCUGGUUUUCUUGCUGAUUUCAAUAGCAUCAUUUUCAUUAGAGAUAAUAAUUGAUAAGCUGACAAUGCUGUUUAAUAAAUACCUGAAAGGAUGCGUCAUAAAUAAAUAA